AUGUCAUCACUACCCCCUCUAGAAUCAUUUGAUUGUGAUGGGGAUUCUCAUGGCAUUGGUGCAAAAUGGGAAAAGUGGAAGCGAGGUUUAGACAUUUAUCUAGAAGCUGCAAAUAUUGAACUACCCGCUAAAAAAAGGGCUACAUUAUUAUACAUGGGUGGCCUUAGUCUCGAAGAAAUAUAUUAUAAUAUACCAGGCGCCCAUGUUAGCAGUACAGAUGAUCCAACGAAGGAUAUUUAUGCUAUAGCCAUUGAAAAGUUAGACGAGUAUUUUGCUCCAAAACAAAGCAAAGUAUAUGAGAGACACUUAUUUCGACUAAUGAAACAAGAAUCGGGAGAAAAAUUUGAAAAAUUUCUAAUUCGAUUAAGAAAACAGGCUGAUAAAUGUUGUUUUGCAAAUAAAGAAGAAAGCAUUAUCGAUCAAAUUACAGAAAAAUGUUACUCUGGCGAGCUUCGUAAAAAAUUUUUAAAAGGAGGUGACAAAAUGACAUUAGAAGACAUCAUAAUAGAAGCCAAUACCCUAGAAAGUGUGAACAGACAGAUGGAAGAAUUUACUCACAACCCCGCAUGUAAUAGCAGCACCGUAAAUAAAAUUGAAACCAGAAGGAAAAUGUCUAACAAAUCGUGUACUAGGUGUGGGAGCUUUAAGCAUAUGCCUCAAUCAAUGGAAUGUCCCGCAAGGAAAAUUAAAUGCCAUAAAUGCGGUAUAACGGGGCACUUUCGAAAGUACUGUUUGACAGUAAGGCCACUUAAAAGACAAUUUUUGAGUUCAAAAGACCCUACCCCCACCAAAAAAUCAAGGACGGAGGAAAAAGAAGAAAUCGAUUAUGUUUUUCAUGUAGAUGACGACACUACUAUUAAUUGUUGGGUUGGUGGUGUCAAGACGUCAUUAUUGAUCGAUUCUGGAUGUCAAUGUAAUUUGAUAACAGAUGUUACAUGGAGAAAACUAAAAUCAAAUAAAAUAAAUGUUUUUGAAAUGGAUAGAUCACCGGAUAAAACAUUUUACGCCUACGGUAGCACUAAGCCAUUAACUAUAUUGGGAUCAUUUAAAACUCAAGUCCAAAUCAAUAGCAGAAAAGAAGUUGCUGUUUUCUAUGUGAUAAAAAACGGCACUAAAGAUAUUUUGGGGAAAGUAACCUCCAUAGCAUUGGGCGUUUUGCGAUUAGGUGUUAAAGUAAAUACCGUAGAGUCAACAUCAGAUGAAAAUAUUACAGUAUUUCCAAAAUUUAAAGACGUUGUUGUUGAGAUACGUAUUGAUGAGAAAAUAACGCCAGUAAGUCAGCCUUACAGGAGAAUACCUAUACCCCUAGAAACAAAGGUUAAUAAAAAGAUACAAGAAUUAUUGCAGCUUGAUAUUAUCGAAGAAGUAUCUAAGCCAUCAAAAUGGGUUUCACCCAUGGUGCCUGUUUUAAAGGAAAAUGGGGAUAUAAGGAUCUGUAUCGAUAUGCGGAGAGCUAAUGUAGCAAUAAUUCGUGAAAAUCAUCCACUACCAACAAUGGACCAGCUGCUACCACAUUUUAAAGAUGCGAAAUUAUUUUCUCGCCUCGAUAUUAAAAACGCUUUCCACCAAAUCGAAAUCCAUCCUGAUACCCGAUAUAUCACUACAUUUAUAACGAGCAAAGGGUUAUUUAGAUACAAGAGACUUAUGUUUGGUGUUUCCUGUGCUCCAGAAAUGUUUCAGAAAAUCAUGGAACGCACACUUAUACGGUGUGAAGGUACGGUAAAUUUUAUUGACGAUAUUGUCAUUUUUGGAUCAAAUGAGGCAGAGCAUGACCAACGAUUACAACAGACACUCAAUAUUUUGAAAGAGAACAAUGUUCUGUUAAAUAAUGAUAAGUGUAUUUACAAAGUAAAUAAAAUAGUGUUCUUGGGGCAUGAGUUAUCUAGUGAAGGUGUAAGGCCUUUAAAAAAGUACAUUGACAGUAUCCAAAUGUUUAGGGCACCAACAACUAAUAAUAAGCUACUGCAACGCUGCCGUCAUGUUAAAUUCCGCUCAGUGUAA